GUGGAGUGAGGGGGGAUUUACAUUCAUAGAAAGCUUACCAAUAGGGUGCCGCAAAGCCGAACGGGUCGCAGUACGUGCCGCGUGGGAAGGGACGGUGUCAUUGUGUUUGAUCGCCUGUGCGUCCCACAGAGUACUUGGAAGCAGCGCGCAGGGCUGGGUGCGUCUGUGCUCGAGGCUAUCCAUGUCUUUUGUGCCACCAGUUGAGCCGUCUUUGCGCGAUAUUUGUCAUUUUUAAUCAUGUGUUUGAAAAAUGCAAAGUUGUUUUGCGAAUGUUUCACGGUUCAGGACUCUUUGCCUUACUGCUGAUGGUGCUGGAGUGGACCCGUCCAGGCCUGUCCUCCCCAUUACGCCCCAUCUGUGACCUGCGCGUCCUCAACCAUUUCAUUAAGGAGGCUUGGGAUGCAGAGGCUGCUAUGAGAGCGUGUCAGGAUGCUUGCAACAUUGCAACAAACUUCACUGCUCCUCUGACAAGAGUUGAUUUUGAUGACUGGGAAGCAAUGAAUAUAGAGGAGCAAGCUCAGGAGGUCCAGUCAGGCUUACAUGUGCUGAACGAGGCCAUCAGCUCAUUACAGGCAUCUAAUCAAACUGACGUGCUGCAGUCCCACAUAGAUGCCAGUAUUAGCAACAUUGCCAGCAUCAGACAAGUGCUGCGAAGUCUCAGCAUACCGGAAUAUGUACCUCCUACCAGUGGUGGAGAAGACAAGGAGAUGCAGAAAGUAUCCUCAAUCUCAGAGCUGUUUCAGGUCCACAUCAACUUCCUGCGGGGAAAAGUGCAUCUUCUGCUUGCCAAUGCACCUGUCUGCCAUCAAGGUGUCAGCUGAUAGACGAUUUUGAGCAAGGGCCAAACUAAUAGGAGCUCUUCAUAUCAGGAGGCAGGAUAAUGGGCUAUUACAAAGGAUAUGUUGCCGAGGUUUGAAUGACUGGGAGUUGUAGCACUUUGAAAGAUUUACUCACAAAGGGAAAAGAAGACAUCCCCCAGAAUGCCAAGCGCCCCCUUUGGCUGUCUUCUCUCUCUGUGUUGAGCCUUUGCAGUCCCACCUGCGUUACCUGGCAAAAAUCAACCAGACGCAAUAAUGAAACUUCAAGAAAUCACUCCUCUUUCCCCAUAUGACUGUUGGCACUUGCCCAGCUCAACUAGGAAGGUUUAUCUGGGACUUUUUAAGUGUUUUGUAUUACUUAUGAAAUUGUCAUUAUUUAUAUAGAUGAUAUUUCUUAGAGCUGGAAUCACUUGCUUUUGCAGGUUCUUUUCUGAAGCUAUUCAAGUGAAGACCUCUCUUGCUCCAUUUACUGUGGCCUCAAGCACCUCCAAACAUUGAACUGUUGAUAGAGAGGUCUACUUAUCAAUAUUAAAUAUGCACUGUAGGUUUUAUAUUCAUUUCAGUGUUACGUUUAU